AUGGCGGAGAGCGAGGCGGCGGCGUCGUCGUCGGGGUCCGGGGGGUGUCCGUGGUGGGCGUCGGGGGUGCCGCUGACGGCGCUGAACUACGCGGUGCGGCGUCGGCUGGGGCUGUUCCUGAACCCGCGCGCGCCGGUGGCGGCCGACUGGACGGCGCUGGCCGAGCGGCUGGGCUACGAGUUCCUGGAGAUCCGGGGGCUGGAGGGCGACGCCGACCCCACCGCCCGCCUCCUCGCCCACUGGCCCGCCCGACGCCCCGACCGCGCCACCGUCGCCCACCUGCUCGCCCACCUGCGCGCCCUCCGGCGCCACGACGCCCUCGACGACCUGGCGCCGCGCAUGGAAGAGGAUUGUAAGCGGUACCUGGAGAGGAAACGGCAGGAGGCCGAGCAGCCCCUUCAGGUCCCUGCGGUGGACAGCAGCCAACUGAGGACACUGGAAUCACAUGGCAUCACCACACAAGAUGACCCCUUGGGGCAAAACCCAGAGCUGUUUGACGCCUUCAUUUGUUACUGCCAGAAGGACAUUGAGUUUGUGCAACAGAUGAUCCACGAACUGGAGAACACGGAUCACAAGCUGAAGCUCUGCGUCUUCGACCGGGAUGUUCUGCCGGGGUCAUGCGUCUGGACCAUCACCAGCGAACUGAUAGAGAAGCGGUGCAGGAGAAUGGUGGUUGUCAUUUCAGACGAUUACCUCGACAGCGAAGAGUGUGACUUCCAGACCAAGUUUGCCCUCAGCCUCUCCCCCGGGGCUCGUAUGAAGCGGCUGAUUCCGGUGAAAUGCAAGCACAUGAAGAAGACGUUCCCGAGCAUUUUGAAGUUCAUUACAGUCUGCGACUACACCAACCAGCACACCCAGAAGUGGUUCUGGAUACGGCUGGCCAAAUCCCUCUUGCUGCCAUGAUGCAAAGCAGCAAGGUUGGGG